UACUAUUAUUCCCUAUUCUUUUCCUUCAAACUUGUCGGAGCUGCGGCUGUGUGUUCACGCCGGCACUCACGUCGAUGCGCCCGGACACAUGUACGAUGAUUACUUCGAUCAAGGGUUUGAUGUUGAUUCUCUUGACCUCAGAAUCCUCAAUGGACUUGCACUGGUAGUUGAUGUUCCAAGAGACAAGAACAUAACAUCUGAAGUGAUGGAGGGGCUAAAUAUACCAAAGGGAGUGAAGAGAGUGCUUUUUAGAACACUAAACACGGACAGGCAUCUUAUGAAGAAGAAGGGAUUUGACACAAGCUUUGUGGGAUUCAUGAAGGAUGGAGCCCAAUGGCUUGUGGACAACACCGACAUUAAACUCGUCGGAAUAGAUUACUUAUCUGUUGCGGCAUAUGAUGACUUGAUAACUUCCCAUUUAGUUUUUCAUAAAAACCGGGAAAUAAUACUGGUAGAAGGGCUGAAGCUGGAAGGGAUUGAGCUUGGGAUGUACACAGUUCAUUGCUUGCCCUUGAGGUUGGUGGGUGCUGAGGGGUCUCCCAUUAGAUGCAUCCUCAUCAACUAAAACCAAUACUUGUUUGUCUCUUGCCCAUUUCUGGUCUUUGAUUUCCCGAGAAAUGACAUUUCUACUUUCGAGUAUAUAUAAGGUAUGCUUGCACCCCCACCCCCACCCCAAAGAAAUAAUGAUGGGUUGUUGGU